GGGCGACGACGCGUUGUGCGCGCACGUGCGAGCCCACGUGGGUGCGCGCGGUGCGCGUUGAGUUGGUUGGUUGUGCGGAGGCAAACAAAAGCAAGUUGAAGUCAAGGCCCUAUAUGUUGAAGUCAGUGCGAAAGCGGUGGGAACUGCGGACGUUUAUCAUUUCUCUGCCGUGCUCAUUUGAGGCGCCCUGCGCUUCAUCAAUAUUCUUGUCUAAUGUUCAUAAUUCAAAUUGACGUUUUCUUUGUGCUGCCUCCGUGGACACUUUGUUAAGAGAGGAAACAGAAAGGACACUUAAUUUAGGUGUCUGUUUGAAACCUGGUCAAACUUCAAUAAUUUUUGACGAACCCGUGAGGCGGAUAGCAUCAGCAGUAUCCAACUUGGAGGACUGGAGGACUACCAAGGUUGAAACUGAAAACUUUUGGGACACCUGAAGAAGGGAAACUGAAGUGAUCUCCAGGACCAUCCUCAGGUAUGAGCGCGCUCCGUCUGCGGCCGUCCGACGACGAGGGCGACGGCGAGGAGAGUCUGCUGCCGCGCGCCCUGGAGGUACCCAGCGGCUCCGAGCCGGAGGACGGCGGCGGCCUGCCGGGCUCGGCGCUCCAGUACCUGCGCUACGUCAGGAGGGAGCAGGCCAAGCAGAGUGACGUAAUAACGGCUAGUAUGGCUGGGCUGCGUAUAAAGGCGACCAAACCAAAGGCGCAGCCGUCCCCCACACCGCAGGAGCCGGCGGCGGCGGCGUCCGGUCCGAGUCUCUCCCGGCAGUGGCAGCAGACAGUUGAGUCGGACUUCUCCGGACUGCGGUGUCGGGUGGCGCGCUGGAAGGCGCGCCACGCGCCGCAGCUGCGCCGGCGGGCAGGUCAACUGCCGCCCGCCGAAGACCGCGAUGCCUGGCUGGCGGUAUGCCGCCAGGACGCAGAUGGCGGCACGGUCGACACUGGCCUGGCGCCGCCCUCCCUCCUCACCAUAGCGGCCUGCCUGCAGAGUCAGCUGCUGGCGCUGCUGGAGCACCUGCUACACUGGAGCCGCCUCCAGGGACUGGGCGACGGCCGCGCCGCCUGGCUGUUCGCCGUCAUGGCCGCUCUGGAGAAGCCGCUGCCGGCCGACACCUGCUCCUGUCUGCGGGAGGUGGCACGACUCUGCCGGUCACAGAGGGCGUCACUGGCGAAGGAUGAUACCAGACUGGCCGCCGCCUGCCUGCUCAUCUGUCUGGUGGGCCGAUACUUUGGACAGGUGGAUCUCGCUGACCCCUAUCGGUGACCCCGAGACUAUCUCUGGUGAGCUGUGGGUAACCUGAAAUUUCAGGCCACUUAGGUCGUCCCACGGUGGGAUACAUUUGUAAUGUCGCAUUGUUAUUGUUUCGAGCACAUACUGUGCUUACGGUCCGCAGAGUCGGAUUGUUUGUUUGCGGCCAGGAGACAGGUCCGGAGAGAUGCCCGCCGUAAUAUAUGUGAUGUGGUGCCGUUGCUGUCUGAGGUUUGUGGUAAAGUGAGUCCAUAUGAACUGUACCAGUGUGUUGUACGCGGUACUCCUUAGUAAGAGGUCGUGUACAUGAUAAAUUUUGUCAUUGCCUUUUGAGACUUGUAGCGGACUGUGACUAUGCUGAAACUGAGUGACUUUCAGUAGCAUUGCUCCAUGUGAAUUGUGAACGUGUGGCAAUAAAUAAUGCAACUGAA